GGUUUGCACCUUCCCAGAGGUGCCUUCGCUUGGGAUUACAAACAGAGAAAGGAGGAGAGCGGCCCCUCUGGGAUUAUGCUCUGGAGCAGCCUCAGCGAAAGACGUGGCCAUGGUUGCCCACAGCAUGGCUAACAGCACCGCUCCUGUUCUUCUCCCCACCUUACUGCUCCUGCUGCAGAACAAGACCUACCCUGAAACCUCCACCCCUCCUGCUGCCUACGAGGGUACAGGGUCCCCCAUGGCGCCCAGAUCAGGCGGGAACCACACUGCCUUGCUCUACGACCUGAGGCUGGGGGAAAUUGCAGCAGCCGCCAUGGUUUGGGCAGUGCUGUGGCUGGUCUCCAUCUUUGGAAACUCCCUCAUUUGCUUAGUGAUCCACUGCAGCAGGAAGACACCAUCUACCACCAACUACUUCGUGGUGUCCAUGGCUUGUGCAGACCUUCUCCUCAGCAUCGUCAGCGUGCCCUUUGUGCUGCUCCACUUGACCUACGGCAGCUGGAUGCUGGGGACCUUCAUCUGCAAGCUGGUACGGUACGUGCAGUACCUCACCCCUGCGGUCCAGAUCAACGUGCUGCUCUGCAUAAGCGUCGAUGGCUUCUAUGCUGUCAUCUACCCCCUGAGAUUCAAAGUCUCCAGGGAGAAACUCCUCAUGACGAUUCUGGCCUCUUGGUUCCUGGGCGCGGCAUUUGCAGCACCGGCUUUCACCUUCUACAGCUCCAGCAGCGACCACCACUGCCCCUUUUUCCCACCCGGUUCUUGGCAAGGAGCUGCCUAUGGCAUCACCCACCUGCUGGUCGUCUUUCUGAUCCCAGCCAGCAUCAUCAUCAUCCUCUACCAGCGCAUCAUCAUGUACAUUCGGAGAGCAGGCAUGGAGGAGGGGACUGUCAGGAAGACAAUGGAUAGAAAGGUGAAAACCACCAAGAUGUUCUUGGUGCUGAACAUGGUGUUUCUUCUUGCCUGGCUCCCUUUCUACGUGAUACAGCUGUGGCACCCAAAAGAAACAGAUGGCAGCAAGAGCUCACUGGUUUUCCUGGCCAUCACCUGGCUCUCUUUCAGCUGUUCAGCUGCCAAGCCAGUCAUCUACUUCAUCUACAAAUCAAACUUCAGGAGGGGAAUGAUGGAACUUUGCUGCAUGUCCACCAUGAAGUACUAUCGUAACCACACCGACACCACCACCACCUGUUCUGGGAUAGCCAAAAAAAAUCACAUUGGCAUCGUUAACAUCGUAGCUCCAGACAAAACUGUCCCCAAAGAUUCCAUCUAUGAGGUUUUAUCAAAGCAGAGAAGGAAAAUUGCCUGGCCUGCUAAGUCAAAUCCUGCCAAUAAUCUCAUCUCGUUGCUUUCUUUGCCUUGAAAAUUUACCCUGUACCCCAGAACAUACGAGUUUCCUCCCCGGUUUCAUCUAAUUUAUGAUUCCAUAGUUUUAGCAUAGUUUCUAGGGAAUAAAGUUGUCUUGUUUCAUUAAAUGUGUUGAUUUUGAUUUGUGCAGUCUCUUUCCUUUCAGUUACCUCCUGCUGCUUGGAACUACUCUCCCUGAAUCACGGACAGAACCUUUCUACAGAAGAGAA